AUGCGGCCAUGGCUAGCUGAAUAUGUUCAGCGAGAUAUUACUGACAAGGAACUUAUAGCCAUGGCAUGGAUGAUAGGAUUUUGGCUAGGUGAUGGGCACCGUUCUGGUGCGGUUUUCUCUCUGAAUAGCACUGAUGCUGAUCUAAAUCAAUUUUUGAAAGAACAAGCGGAACUAUGGGGCAUGACAUAUCGCUAUGUCAAGCAAAUUGAGCCUGUUGGGAACCUUUGUGCAAAUGCAUAUCUUCACACCUACACCAAUGGGAUUCGCAAUUUAAAUAAAGCGAAUCCCUUGGUAGACACCCUAAAGGGUCUAAAAUUCUAUGCAGCAGGUGUGAUUAAGCGACCAAAGAAUUUUCCUGAUUUCGUCCAAACUGAAGAGAUAAUUGUGAGAGAAGCACUACUAGCGGGGCUGUUGGACGCUGAUGGUAGCACUUCUAUCUAUCGCUCCCAAAUUUCUAUGAGAAUUGCAACCGUAUACCCGCCGCUUAGAGAUGGGGCUAUGCUUGCGGCUCGCUCUCUAGGUCUAAAUGUUUCGGUAAGCCAUGCAGCAGCAAAAUCAUUCGAAACCUAUAAUGCCCAGGAAGUCUGGAAUCUCUUUAUUACACCAGGCUCCAAUAUUGAAAGAUUUUUCGGCAUAAUUGACAGGUGUGGACUUGAAAGAAGGCGAGACAUGCCAGUGUAUCCAAAAAAGAAGACUGAUGCUUGA